GAAUCCUGUGAUAUUCGUCAUACUUCUGACAAAAUGGAGGCAUGCGGCUGAAUUUGGUGGAGUUUUUUCCUAAAUGCAUUGCAUUUUUAAACAAACAAAAGCUGGCUUAGAUUUCACAUAACACAUAAAUUAUAAAAGCUGGUACGUAAGGUGUUACACAACUACACUCCACCAUGAGUAGUUCGGAAGAGGUAUCAUGGAUCUCGUGGUUCUGUGGUCUACGCGGCAAUGAAUUCUUCUGUGAGGUGGAUGAAGAUUAUAUCCAGGAUAAAUUUAACUUAACAGGGCUUAACGAACAGGUACCACACUACAGACAGGCAUUAGACAUGAUCUUGGAUCUUGAACCCGACGAUGAACUAGAGGAAAACCCAAACCAAAGCGACCUGAUCGAGCAAGCUGCAGAGAUGCUGUAUGGUCUUAUACAUGCCCGCUUCAUCAUGACAAAUAGAGGCAUCGCUUUAAUGCUUGAAAAGUACCAACAAGGGGACUUUGGUCACUGUCCAAGAGUGUAUUGUGAAAACCAGCUAGUACUACCAAUUGGUCUCUCAGACGUCCCGGGAGAGGCCAUGGUUAAACUUUACUGCCCGAAAUGCCAGGAUGUCUACACACCGAAGUCCUCACGGCACCAUCACACGGACGGCGCAUACUUUGGCACCGGUUUCCCACACAUGUUCUUCAUGGUGCAUCCGGAGUAUCGACCGAAACGCCCACCAAACCAGUUCGUCCCUAGAUUAUACGGUUUCAAGAUUCACCCCACUGCAUAUGAGAUACAGCUCCAGGCUGCUGCAGCACGCAGCCGAUCAGCCUCCUCCCGUCCUCGAUCGGCGAAACCCCCCUACAAGUAACACCCUCCACCCCCCUCUCUCCCCAACCCCCUCUCCUCUCAACGACCCGACUACAAGCGGAGAAAAGUCUCGCAUCCCCUGUCUGUCAACGAUAACGUCUGUUUACCUCCUCAUGUUGAACUUGAGAAGUGAUGCACAAAGGUAUUUGUUUGUGGGGGGAAGUUCUGAAAUGAAUGCCCUGUUUCCGUUAUGACCCAGGCCCAGUCGAAGCUCGGUCGAAGGUGGUUACAGGCCAACUCAUAAGGUCACGUAUUGUUGUUUUCGACUGGUUGCCUGCAGGUCUUUGCUUGACAUUAAAUGAAGCUUAUCAGCUUAGACAGGUUA